GAGUUAAGGAAGAGAUAUAAAAGUAGAUCAAGUAACUCCCAACAUCCAAAGGUUUAUUCUACUUUAAGUCUCUCAAUAUAUAAACUGUUGAUAUCACGCAAGACACACAAAAUCAAGUUCAAUUAAACCCAUUGUUUCAUUGCACAUAAUAUCAUCCAUUUAACACCACUUCAGCAGUAUUAGUCAUGUCCACCAAAAUGCAAUACAUGAGGGUUGGAAGCUCCGGUCUCAAAGUCUCCAAGAUCAUAAUUGGCUGUAUGACCUAUGGCGACAAGAACUGGCAACCCUGGGUCUUGAAUCAAGAAGAGGCAUUCCCUAUCCUCAAGCAUGCAUAUGAUUCUGGUAUCAACACAUUUGAUGUCGCCGAUACGUACUCCAAUGGUCGCUCAGAGGAGAUUCUUGGCGCCUUCUUGAAAGAGUACAGUAUCCCUCGGAACAAGGUUGUCAUCAUGACCAAGGUGUUUCAUUUCGUCAACCCUGAGAGAGGAGCAGUUGAUGCCGCUGGUCAAGGAAUAAAUGAUGAUGUUCAAGUAAAUCAAGUUGGACUCUCCAGAAAGCACAUUUUCGACGCUGUGGACGCCAGUAUUGCCCGCCUCGGUACUUAUAUUGAUGUUCUCCAAACUCACCGUCUUGAUCGAGAGGUAUCAUUCGAAGAAAUUAUGAAAGCCUUAAAUGAUAUUGUCGAGAGUGGGAAAGCUAGAUAUAUAGGUGGUAGCUCUAUGGCAGCCUGGGAAUUUCAAAUGGCGCAAAACGUAGCCGAAAAACACAACUGGCAUAAGUUCAUCUCAAUGCAAGGCUUCUACAAUCUGCUCUACCGCGAAGAAGAGCGCGAGAUGAACGCAUACUGCAAGGAAGCUAGUAUUGGCCUCUUUCCUUGGUCGCCACUCGCCGCCGGUGUACUCGCUCACUCCUGGGAAGAUCGCAGCGAUGAACGUGAGAAGAGUGAUGUCUUCUUGAAGCUGCUUUUCCGUGGCAAGAAUCUUGAGGCUGAUCAAGAAAUUGUACGAAGAGUAGAAGAGUUGGCUGAAAAGAGGGGUGUCAGCAUGGCCAUCGUUGCCACUGCUUGGAUUAUAAAGAAGGGAGGAAUGGCGCCUGUCUGUGGAUUAUACAACAAACAACAGGUGGACGACAGUUUGAAAGCUUUAAGUGUUCAACUUACCGACGAGGAAAGCAAAUAUUUGGAGGAGCCUUAUGUUCCAAAGGCUGUGAUGGGCUAUUGAGUGGGUGUUCGGGCUGUGUGCACCCCUGUUGAUUUAAGAAUUAGAUCUCUACCAACAAUCACAAUCAGAACUAAUUUUUCUAUAUGCUUUUCUAAUAGUUAAAAUGAUUUGCGAUUUGAAAACGACCCCCAAGACAGUCAUGCAAUAGCAAGAAGAGAGAUUUGAGAGCCAGCUUUGAGAAAUUUCAUUCUGCAACCCGAGCAAAUUAGAUAGUAUUGUUUUAAAUACGACUCUUUACAGGGUACAGCGGGAAGCGUAGGGUAAAAUAUGAGGGCAUUCGGAGAUCAAUUCUAUUAAGUGUAAUGAAGCUAGCUAUGA